AUGACCGCAGGAAAGCCCAUCACUUGUCGCGCCGCCAUCGCCUGGGAGGCUGGCAAGCCCUUGAGCAUUGAGACCGUUGAGGUUGCUCCCCCCAAGGCCGGUGAGGUCCGUAUCAAGAUUGUUGCCACUGGCGUUUGCCACACUGAUGCCUAUACCUUGUCUGGAGCUGAUUCCGAGGGUGUCUUCCCCGUUAUUUUCGGACACGAGGGUGGCGGAAUUGUCGAGUCGGUCGGUGAGGGCGUUACGAGCGUCCAGGCUGGUGAUCACGUCAUUCCUCUUUACACGGCUGAGUGCCGCGAGUGCAAGUUCUGCAAGAGUGGCAAGACCAACCUUUGCGGAAAGGUUCGCGAGACCCAGGGACGUGGUUUGAUGCCCGAUGGUACCUCCCGCUUUACCUGCAACGGCAAGUCGAUCUUCCACUACAUGGGCUGCUCGACCUUCUCCGAGUAUACUGUCGUCUGCGAGGUCUCGGUUGCCAAGAUUACUCAGGAGGCUCCUUUGGAGAAGGUCUGCCUCUUGGGCUGCGGUAUCACCACCGGUUAUGGUGCUGCCACCCGCACUGCCAAGGUCCAGAAGGGCGAUAGCGUUGCCAUCUUUGGUCUCGGUGGUGUCGGUUUGAGUGUUGUUCAAGGAGCCAAGCAGGCUGGAGCUACGACCAUCAUUGGUGUUGAUGUCAACUCCAAGAAGGAGAAGUUAGCCAAGGAGAUGGGAUGCACCUUGUUCGUCAACAGCAAGGAAUUGCCAGCUGGCAAGACCAUCCAGGCCCACCUUGUCGAGAUUACUGAUGGUGGUUUGGACUAUACCUUUGACUGCACUGGCAACGUCCACGUCAUGCGCGCCGCCCUCGAGGCCUGCCACAAAGGAUGGGGCGAGUCGAUCAUUAUUGGAGUUGCUGCUGCAGGACAGGAGAUUGCCACACGUCCCUUCCAGUUGGUGACCGGUCGUGUCUGGCGCGGUUCGGCUUUCGGUGGUGUCAAGGGCCGCACCGAGCUGCCCGGCCUUGUCCAGGACUACUUGAAUGGCAAGAUCAAGAUCGACGAGUUCAUCACCCACAACUUUGGCCUUGACGAUAUCAACAAGGCCUUUGAAGCCAUGCACGACGGCGACUGCAUUCGUGCCAUCAUUAAUUACUAA